GUAUGAAAUGUAUGAUGGAUUUUCUGUCUCCGACGAAGCUGGAAAAUAUCAACUCUUUCUUGCAGGACCUGCCACGGGGACCCUAGGAGACAGUAUGUAUGACACCGGUAAUCGUUACAGAGAUCUGUCUGGGAUGUCCUUCAGUACCCCAGACAGAGGUAACGACAGAUCUGGAGGUAACUGUGCUGCUGACAGUAACCGUAGAGGAGGCUGGUGGUUCAACUGGUGUCACCAGGCCUUCCUUAACGGUCAAUGGUCCCCGGAGUCCUGGUACAGACCAUGGUAUCCCACAGUAGAGUGGGGGACAUCAGUGAGGGGGACCACCAUGAUGGUCAGACGGAACUAGACGAAAGAUCAUCCAUGGAUUAUGGAAACCCCAAAGAGACGAUUUUAAAUUAAUUUUUAUCGCGCAGUUCUUUUUUUUAAUAUUUAACAUCAAGUUACAAACAGUAAAAGAAGGUGGUUGAACG